AGCCAUAUUGAAAAAAGAGUUCCAUACUUUGAUGAAAGGGAAACGAGGAAAUGUUUCUUCAUAUGCAAAUAUCAUGAUGGAGCUGAAGAAGUGUGCAAAUCAUGCCUAUUUGGUGGCCCCGCAGCAGGAAGAGCCAUUGGCUAAGGAUCGCAUAAUGACUUUACUUAAAGGCAGUGGUAAACUGCUUCUGUUGGACAAACUGUUGGUGAGGCUCAGGGAGACAGGACACAGGGUACUCAUCUUCUCUCAGAUGGUUAGAAUGUUGGACAUCAUUGCUGAGUACUUGCAGUGUAGACAUUUUCCUUACCAGAGGUUGGAUGGAACCAUCAGGGGAGACUUGAGAAAGCAAGCGUUAGAUCAUUUUAAUGCUGAAGGUUCUCAGGAUUUCUGCUUUUUACUUUCUACUCGAGCUGGUGGUCUGGGUGUGAACCUGGCCACAGCAGACACUGUGAUCAUAUUUGACAGUGAUUGGAACCCACAGAACGAUCUGCAAGCCCAGGCUAGAGCUCAUCGAAUUGGGCAAACAAAACAGGUCAGCGUCUAUCGGUUAGUAACAAGCUCAACUGUUGAGGAAAAGAUUGUGGAAAGUGCAAAGAAGAAAAUGGUGCUGGACCACUUGGUUAUUCAGAGGAUGGACACUACGGGUAGAACAGUGUUGGAUAACGGAGCUGCACCAUCGAGCACCGCAAGCACACCUUUCAGUAAGGAGGAACUAUGUGCUAUACUCAAGUUUGGAGCGGAAGAAUUAUUCAAAGAAAAAGAUGGUGAUGAUGAGGAAGAACAACAGGUUGACAUUGACGACAUCUUGAAUCGAGCAGAAGAACACGAGACUGAAGUUAAUGGUGUUGGAAAUGAACUCUUGUCUCAGUUCAAGGUUGCCAGUUUUGGAAAUUUGGAGGAGGAAACAGAAGCAUCAAGAGCCAGUUUUGGCGAAGAAGAAGAAAAAGAUUGGGAAGACAUCAUCCCAGAAAGUGUUAGACAAAAGAUGGAAGAAGAAGAAAGGCAGCAACAGUUGUUAGAUUUGGAACUUGGGCCACGAAAUAGAAAAACUAUCAAGCAGCUGCACGUCGACUAUGAUUCUGACAAAGAUAAUAAGAAAACCAGACGGAAAAAGCAGUCAGACUCUGAUGCUAGCGAUGAGGAAGAGGAUGACGAUGACGAUGACCAACCAAGAAAAAGGGGCAGGCCUAAAGGAAAUGCAAAAGACGGUGUGAAAGGGUUCUCAAAUGCUGAAAUACGGCGCUUUGUUAAAAGCAUAAAAAAAUUUGCAGCUCCAUUAAAGAGACUUGAUGCAAUAGCAGAAGAUGCUGAGCUACAGGAAAAGAGUGAAGCAGAUUUACGGAGGCUGGCAGAAUAUCUCAGGCGUGCCUGCGAGGAUGCCCUAAAAGAACAUAGUCAGAAACUGCAGGAAAACCUGGCCCCUGAAGCUUCAAAGAAGUCCUUUAAAGGUCCCUCAUUCAAAAUAGCCAGCAUUAUUAUCAAUGCACAGUCUAUAAUCAAAGCUGAGGAGGAGCUGAAGCCACUAGCAGAUGCUAUUCCAGAGGACAAAGAACAAAGAAAAAAGUGGCGCCUUGAUCAGACAGUCAAGAAAGCUCACUGGGAUUGCUUUUGGAACAUUGAUGAUGACAGUGCCUUGCUAAAGGGGGUCUAUGAAUAUGGCGUGGGAAACUGGGAAGCUGUCAAGAUGGAUGCAAGUCUGGGCUUGUCAGACCGGAUUCUACCAGAUGGUGAAUUGAAACCACAGGCCAAGCACCUGCAAACACGGAUUGAUUACCUGCUGAAGUGUUUGAGAAAGGAAACAACUACAACCACAACCCCUAAUAAAUCUGCAAAGGGAAAAAAACGAACUCCAAAGUCAAAAGCAGAGGUUAUUGAUCGAGAUGAUUCCAGCAGCUCUGAUGAUGAUGAUGCUAAGGAGAAGAAGGUCUCUUCAACAGAUCUUGCUGCAAAGAAGAAGCAGGUUGCUGCAGACAAGGAAGCAAAGAAGGAGAAUGAUUUAUCAGACAUUAGUGAUAUAGAGAUGGACUCUGAUGACUCCAGACUGAAGCCCAAAGGGAAAACGAAGAAAAAGAAUGUCAAAGAGGAGAAAAAGGAAAAGCCUGUAAAAGGGAAAGCAAAAAAUAAAAAGAAGCAAUCAGGUCCAAUGCAUUUUACAGCUUCCUCUGAACCCAAGCAAAUUGCUGAUGAAGAAAAUGAUGCAGAGAAACAGAAAAUGGACCCUAAAGUAUUUGAUCAAUGUAAAGAAAAGAUGCGUCCCUUGAAGAAAGUCCUGAAACAACUGAGCGAGCCUGAUGAGAGUCUCGAUGAGAAGCAGCAGGUAGCGUUUAUCAGGAGCAUUUUACUCAAAAUUGGGGACCAUAUUAAUGUGUGCAUCGAAGAGUUUUCUGAUCCAGAGAAAAUAAAAUUCUGGCGAGACAAUCUGUGGCUGUUUGUGUCAAACUUUACAACACUGAACCACAACAAGCUGCGCAAGCUCUACAAAGGUGCAUCCAAGAAGAGAAAUGAUGAAAAGAAAGGGGGAGGUGACUCUAGACGCAGCACCAUCAAAAGAAGCGAUAAGUUGGACAGAGAAGAUGGCAAUGUAAAAAAAAAUCACUCCAAGCACAAAAACGAUCGUAAUCAUGCUCAUCAUCCACAGUUUCAUCAACACAAUGAUGGACUUGUAAAUACUAGUCAUAAUAAAGGACAUCAUCAGCGUAGCUCAGCUGGCCACCAACCACCUCACCGUCCAUCUGCUGGCUUAGAUAACUUACCACCGGAACCAGAAGGAGUCAGUCCAAGCAAUAACUGGACACUGGCCAGCCCCUUGUCUCGAACUGAGGAUGUUGCACGUAACAGAUAUGAUAGCACGUACCAUCGUCACCCCCACUCCCAUUCCAACCCACACUCAACGCAGCAUGAGUCUCAUCGCAGCGACUGGUCUUCAGGAGACUCCAAAGACUACUUCAGGUUCAACAAUGACCGGCAGGGAGCUCAGAAUUAUCGUGAUUACCGGGGUCGCAGUGACCACAGAGGAGGAGCUUACCGCCCGGAUCCUCCAAGAAGUGACCACUACCUUCCUGAAUAUGGUAACCAUUAUCGGGAACAGAGUGGUGGCCAACAGCAGCAGCACUACGGUCGAGACAGGGGAGGCAAUGACUGGAAUCAAGACAGUCAUCAUACUUACAGUGAUCGCAAGCGGAGAGGUGACAGGCCAUCUGAAGAUAACAAAGAUUGGGAAAGAAGAUCCCACAAAGAUCCCAGGUUAGAUGGAAAAGCUCGAUACCCACAGCCUCCACCUCCUGGUGAUUCUGCAGCAGCAUUCUCCCAGCACUAG